CUCUCACCACUCACAAUCAUCCACUAUAUAAAUGCUCCUUAAGCUUAUCUUCAUAUCACAACUUCCUUUUCAAAUUGAAAAACCACCUCUUCCUCCUUCACAUAUUUUUUCAAUUCCGUUUUCCCUUUCGCGUUUUCACCCACACUUCUGCUAUUAUCUCAGCUCUCACAAGCUUCAACAACUAUGAAGAAAGUAGUGUUGAAGGUGGAUGUAAAUGAAGACAAAAUCAAGCAAAAGGCUAUGAAGGCUGUCUCAGGCAUUUCAGGUGUGGAGUCAGUUUCUGUGGACAUGAAAGACAAGAAAUUGACCUUAAUUGGGGACGUUGAUCCAGUUCAAGUAGUUGCGAAGCUAAGGAAGUUCUGUCGCGCUGAAAUAGUUUCUGUUGGACCUGCAAAAGAGGAAAAGAAAGAAGAACCUAAAAAAGAUGAUAAAAAGAAGGAAGAAGAAAAGAAAGAUACUACAAAAGAAAUUGUUGCAGAUCCACUCAAGUUCUAUCAAACGUAUGGCUACUAUUAUCAGAUGAAACCACAAUACAAUCCAUAUUACAGUGCCAUGAGUGUGGAAGAGGAUCCUAAUGGCUGUGUCAUUGUCUAAUUUUGUUAUCACUAAGUUGGAUUUCAAAAUUGAAUACAAAAGAAAAAUGGUGUAUUUUUCUUUUCCCCGUUUCUUGUAAUGAUUUAAACUGGGGGAUAGCUGGUCAAGCCAGCGAGGGUAUUAUGGUGUAGAUUUUUUUUUGGUUUCAUGUAAAACUUCUGCAGAAUCUUGAUAUUUUUUUUGUAUGUAAGAGAUAUGAAAAAAAUUCGGCAAUUGAGUAAACUUGAGUGUAUUUUUAAUUA